CCUAAUUUUUUUGAGAGUUUUUUAUUCUUUUUCUCCUUUUUCAAAUCUGGAUUUGUUGUUUUAGACCAGCAGCUAUACAUGAUGAGGACAUGUGUUCAUUUUGUUAAAAAUCCUCUGUUUUAUUGCUCUGUUGCAUUUCAUGCGAUCCAUUUAUGAAUCAAGAUUCUGUUAAAGAAGAUUAUUUACUAAGUACCCACUUAUACUUCUUGAGGCUUCUUCCCAGUCACUAAUUAUUGUUCUUUUAUCAUUGCAGAUAAAGAGUAAAGAGCAAAAGAAGGCCCUGUGGGAUUUUGAUACUACUGAUAAACUGCAAAGUCUUUUUGAACUCUUCUUUGUAGUUGUUUGGUUGGUUCUUUUUGGCAAUAUAGAUGGCAGAAGUUGAUGAUCAACUAGAGAUCAAGUUUCGCUUAAACGACGGUUCUGAUAUCGGUCCUAAAGCAUUUCCGGAUGCUACCACUGUUGCUGCAUUGAAGGAGACUGUUAUCUCUCAAUGGCCUAGAGAGAAGGAAAAUGGACCGAGGACAGUGAAAGAGGUGAAGUUGAUAAGCGCAGGGAAAGUUUUGGACAACAACAAAACGGUUAAAGACUACCGAAGCCCUGUCUCUACUCUCGUUGACGCUGUCACCACAAUGCACGUCAUCAUCCAACCUCUGCUUACUGAAAAAGAAAAGAAGCCUAAAGAUGGAGAUCCUAAGAUGAACAAAUGUGUCUGUUCAAUCAUGUAAGAGUGUGUUUCAGAUUUGUGGUUUGGUUUUAGAUUGUUUAUCGAUACAGAUACAUGAUCAAAAGAGUUGUUGAACGUUUCUUUUAUAAAGUAUAAAAUCAAAUCUCUUUACAAGACCGAAUCGUUUCUAUAUUCUUUAUAAGACUAACGAUGAAUACUAUUUGUUCCAUCAUCUUCGUUUUCUACCAGAGACGGUCUUCUUAACAGCACCAACAGAGACUAAGAACUGAUCAAGAGAAGAGAGAGUCCUCAUAUCAUCCGGAGGAAAAUAGCUGGCCGCUUUACCCAUCAGCGAAGUGAAGA